AUGCCUCCAACUUUUCGAAGUGCGUAUGCUGGAGGCUACAGCGAUGAGAUCAAGAAACGGAUCAAAUGUGGAACCUGCAACAAGAUUCGUUCGUCGAGUAACUACUCCAAUAGGCAACUCGAAGCCCUUCGUCAUACCAUCCUGAGUCACGGUGCAAAUGUCGCUUUGACGAAGAACAACGCAAAAUGCCGCAUCUGCUCGGGAAACCAAACUGUUGAACUCAAGUGCUGUAUCUGUGAUAAGAUCAAGAGCCUUGAUGAAUUUGCCAAAGCCCAAAGACAGGACAGGGACGCAGCGAGAUGCAUGAAUUGCGUGCAGAGUCACGCCGAUGCCGAACCAGUACUCGAGGAGCCUAAACUCUUGACUGAGAGUGAGCUUUCCACUGCCCCCGAUACGUACACAACUGGACAAGUCGAGUCUCGGUCCUUGAUUGCAUCGACUCAAAGACUCACAUUGAAGGCGGCUCCCACUGCCCAACAUGUUGGCAGCAGUGGUGAGCAGGAGGACAUCGGCGGCAUGUCGCUCAUUGAAGGUCACAACGGGAAGGAGAACUCGGCGCGCGGAGGACGACCUUUUACAGCUUUCGAUUCUACCGGAGUGGCCCACCGCCGCUCUGGCUCUCCCUCUGGCACCCCACGGUCCGUUCACGGCAGUUGGGCGUCCUGGGGAGUGGGCGUCAAUGCUACUGUCACCAAACCUGUUAAGAAGGCCGGCAACUCCAAGUUUGCCAAGGUUCCGUUCGAGAAGAGCAAACGCUUCGAGAAGCACGAGGCGCCUACAAUGCGAGUGCCGGAGCCCAUUGGCGCCACCGUCCCUUCUGACGAUGAGGCUGGUGACGAGGCAGGAUUAGAAGAUUACCUCUGA